CCUGGUACGAGUGAAACACAGCUGGCUUUCAGCAGCUCUGCCUUUAGCGCGGGCCAAAGUUAUCCCGGAACAAGGACAGCACGCAUGUGCCGUCAACCCGGAAGUAGAUGUUUGUGUACGCGGACGUAUGGACAAUUCCCCUGUCUCGCCAAGUUCUGACCAAUUCGCUUUAAUCAAUGAAGUACACAUCUUAGCACGGACUGAGCUAAACUCUGCGGGUUCAGCCAGUCGGAACCGGGCUAACCGGCCGUGACAUGAGUCUACCUACGUGGGCGUCACGCCUGAGUGACGGCGACACAACAAUCUGCUCCCGAAGAGCUGCGCUUUUGAUUUGCAGACAGAGAACACAAGUGGAACACGUCCUGUAACUUCGAGGAUGGACUUUCGCGGCAGGAGGCACGAGCGAGGCAGCAACUGGACCGACCCGGAGAUAGUGGAGCUGCUCCAGCUGUGGUCGGGCGAGUCGGUCCAGAUUGAAUUGGAGAGCUCAUUGCGCAACCAGCGCGUCUUCGACCGCAUAGCCCACAUUCUGCGCGACAAGGGCAUCUAUCGCACCGGGGACCAGUGCAGGGAGAAGAUCAAAAAGAUGAAGCUGGAGUACCGCCGCAUUAAGGACAACCACAAAAUGAGGUCGUGGAAGUUCUACGACGUGAUGGACAGGGUGCUGGCGAACCGACCUGCUUUUACCUACUCCUCCAUGGGUGGAGCUGUCAUAGCUCAGCAGGUGUUUCAGAGCCACGGUGGGCCUGAGAUCUACCUGCAGGGAGCAGCCGGCGCCUUUGGUCCCACUUCCUCAGGCGGGUUUCUGUUUGGUCAGCCUCCGAAAGCUGGAGAUCCACUGGAUAUUAAAUGUGAAGAUGUUGAGGAGAGCAUGCUGAAUUCACGCGUUGCUCCCCCCGAGAUGUCCUAUGGAUCUGGAGAUGACCGGGAAACUGACGGGCAGUCUCUGCUGGGGCCGGAGGACUCUCUGGGUCGAGGAGAGAGCUCAACCAAUGCAAGAAUCUCCCCUUCAGGUUUUAGUGACCUGAACAUUGCCUGCUCGGCCACAGUUACCCCCCAGGUUGUUGGUGGUCCUGUGCCACAGGACACACCUGAGCAGCCCAGUGCGGAGGCUUCUUAUCCCUCGACCUCCGUGAGACAGAGGAAGCGUCGCCUGAGCGGCAAAACCUCGUGGGGCCACGGGGGAGCAAGAUGCGGCGGUCAAAAGAGCCUGGAUAAAGCCUUGGCCAGCUUCCUGAAGUGGCAGCAGUCAGCAGAGGAGCGCCUCCUCUCCCUGGAGGAGGCGCGGCUGGAGAGGGAGCUGCAGGCCGAGGAGCGCAGGGAGCAGCGGGAGGAGAGUAGGGCGGAACAGGAGCGGCAGCACGAGCUCCGCCUGUUCAGCAUGCUCACCGGGGCGCUGGCUGCUGUCAGACAGGGCGCACCGACCGACCCGUCCUUCUCACACCUCGCUCAUCUGUCGGCAUCGUUGACGACCACAGCUGCCACCUCUGUCUCGUCAUCUUCAUCUCAGCCACCUUCAGAAGCUCCCGCUGCACAGGUGGUUUCCACUCAGGCGACUGUAAAGUCAACACCGCCUACGUCUGCAAAGGCCGGCAGAAGGUCCCAGAAUGUUUUGGCAACACCGAGAGGUGCAGAGCCUCUCGGCCAUAGCGUGUACCUGUCCAACCGCGGCAACGGCAUCCGACAAAAUCAAGGCAUUCUCCAGGAGAGCUUUGCCCAAUAUGCGAUGGACAAACACCACGACACAGAGAACCCCGAUGGUAUAAUCAACAUGGCUACCAGUGAGAAUAAGCUCUGCUAUGAUCUCCUUCAUAAGCGGCUGACCAAGCCUGACAUGCUAUAUGUUGCCCCAUCCUUGUUGCAGUAUUCAGACUGGAGGUCACACCCAUUCCUGAGAGAGGAAGUUGCAAAGUUCCUGACUCACUACUGCCGUUCUCCAAACCCGUUGAAGGCUGACAACGUUGUGGUGAUGAAUGGCUGUAGUUCCCUCUUCUCGUGUAUUGCUGCAGUCAUUUGUGACCCUAAAGAUGCCUUUCUUAUUCCUACUCCCUUCUACGGCAUCAUCACAGAGGAUCUACAUCUGUAUAGUGAUGUGAAUCUCUUCCAUGUUCCUCUGGGCUGCGAGGCAGAUGGCAAAGGCGGUCGACCCUUCCACCUUACUGUGGGCAAACUAGAAGAAGGGCUGAAAAGGGCGAAACAAGAGGGUUUGACUAUCCGAGCUGUGGUUCUGAUGAACCCACACAACCCUCUGGCUGAGAUCUACACCCUGGACGAGAUGAUUGCCUUCUUGGAGUUUGCCAAAAGAAAUGAGCUCCACUCGAUCGUUGAUGAAGUAUACAUGCUGACGGUGUUUGACGAGCGUGUCGCCUUUCACAGCGUCCUCAGUGUCGACAGUCUGCCCGACACACAGAGGACACAUGUAAUGUGGGGGAUGAGCAAGGAUUUUGCAAUGGCAGGAACCAGACUGGGCACUCUGUAUACUGAGAACAGAGACCUCGUGGAGGCGAUGGCCCAGCUGGGCUCAUUCCACGGUAUCUCUGGAACCACCCAGCACCAGGUGGCACAACUUCUUAAGGACAGAGAGUGGAUCAGCGACGAUUUUUUACCCGAGAACAGAUGCAGACUGAAAGCUGCUCACAGUUACCUGACAGGAGAGCUGCAGAGUAUCGGCGUCCCCUACCUGGACAGACCCGCUGCACUGUAUGUCUGGGCCGACCUCCGAGAGUACCUCAGAGAGUCGACGUUCGAGGAGGAGUUGUCUCUAUGGAGGUGUUUCCUCAGACACAAGGUGGUGUUGAGCUGUGGUCAGGCCUUCUUCUGCUCCACGCCCGGCUGGUUCCGCAUUGUCUUCUCCGACCAGCACCACCACCUUCAGCUCGGCUUGAAGCGAAUAAGGGCGACCUUGAAAGAAAUUGAGGAGAAAAGCACCAGUGCCUUUUCACGCUCUGUCAAAGAAGCCAAUGAGGAGAGCGACAAAUCAGUGGAAGAGGACAGUGCCGAGUCGGACAAUGCUGCGGUUGUCAAUUCAACGUCAUCACCACACAGCAAGUCAUCAGACCAGCAGAAGGAGAAGGAUAGCCCUGUUCCUGACACGGCCUCGCUGGCCAAUGAGGAGUUUCUGUUGCAGGACUGCCAAGCAUCCAAGCCCGCAGACAGCCUGGAGUCUCUGAUUGGCACUCUCAGGCACCAGAUCCAUGCCUCCGAUUGGCUGGAGAAAAACACUCCAGAGCUGUCUGCUGGAGAGGACCCAGAGAUUCUUGAUGUAUUCAAGGCUCUGCUGCAAAGUGCCAGAAAGUAAGCUUCGGAUAAACUGGCACCAAUGGAGCUGCCAAACUUCAAGAGCCCUUCAGCAGCCUUCUUAGUCCCUGUGCUUGUGGUGAAACGCUUGACACACCUGACACCAAGUCAAAUCUAAUGGCUGAUUUUGAGUGAAGAAGAAACAUUAGCUGAGAGCAGAGAGAAGAGAAGAAGAAGAAAGCAGGCAAGGCCAGGAUGGAAGGAAGGAAGCACAGUACUUUUUUACCUGCAUCUCAAUACCGUAAGCUGCUAAAGGAGACGACCUUGCUUUUUGUUUAUGUAAUACAGACUGAUAAAAGGCCAAAUGUAAAUCCACCAAAAUCAGUCACGCUGUAUUCUUAAACAUGUUAAUCUUAAUCUGAUUUGUAUAUCUUUAUUAUUUGAUCAGAUGCACUUUAUUUGAUCAGAAAGUAUUGUACUUUCUGUAAAUGUAAUGAUCUGUGAAUAAAGGAAUUUAUGAAUUCUU